ACGAUAAGAAGAAGCAGAAGAAGAAGAAGAAGGAAGAAAAUAGAGAAAAUUAAAGAGAGGGAGAGAGAAACGAAAACCAGAUCAGAUUUAAAGAUAAAAACUCAUAUAAGGAAAGAAUAACAAUAAUUUGAUUUAGAGAGAGAGAGAGAGAGAGAGAGAGACACAUAACCUAGAAAUAAGAAGAGAGUAAAGAACAGCAAUUUUAAUGAGUUACGGGGCAGGAGUGAUGGAGUUCUUCAAGGCGGGAAGCUGUGGGGAGUUCAAGAGGGUGCUGCUGCUGUACCCUGAAGCUGUGAAGGUGAAGGCACAGCAGAAGGCGAAGAAGAAGGGAGAAAGCUUGGAAUCAUUAGACAAGUGGAUACAAAAUGACCUCAAAACAACAGCUGACUCCCGCACUCCUCCACAUGUGACCCGCGAGGAGCUGGUUCGCCUGAUGGAGUGGAAGCUGGCCAGAGGAAAGUUCCGGCCCAGACUGGUGGAACUGGCGGGGUCAAACGAGGAGGAGAAGGUCGUUACAGUCACCACAGAAGGUUUAAGGCUCGGAGCGAAGGGAAAGGUCACGGAGGCUGUCGAGAUGAUAGCCACACUCCGAGGAAUAGGCCCAGCCACAGCAUCUGCCAUCCUUGCUGUGUGUCGACCCGAGUACUUUUGUUUCUUUGCUGACGAGGUUGCCUACACAGCCCUGGCCACAACAACCCUCAAGUACACAGCAAAGGAGUACCAGGCUGUGAACGCUUCUGUUAAGGAUUGUGCUGUGAGGCUGAGCAAGGGUGACAAGAAGUGGACACCUCAUGAAGUGGAAUUGGCUGUGUGGACUUACUGUGUGCUGGAGAAGACCAACCCAGCUCUCCUCCACUCUUCCUCCUCCUCCUCUUCUCCUGAAUCUAAGAGGAGGAAGAAGUAAUUUUGUUUUUGUGUUUCUCCUCCUCCUUCUCCUCCCCCUCCUUCUUCUUCUCUGUAUUCACUGUUGAAGAUGAGGAGGAGGAGGAGGAGGU